GUCGGCCCUAAUUGCAGCCACGGGAUGCACACAUGUCCUGGUUGAGUUGGAUUUGGGUGACUGCUGGACUGCGGCGUCUGAAGGCGACAAGGCUGACGUAGACCCCAUCACACCACCGUAUAGUGCGCUGGUGGCCUUUGUGGCUGCGGGCGUUGCUGCAUCACAGGGGUUUGACUACAUUGCCGUGGGCAAUGAGAGUAGUGCAAAUGAAGGCAAUGGGCUUUUCGUUUGGGGUGAAGGCGGUGAUGUGGUGGUCAACCACCAGUACGACAAGUCGCUUGACUGUGAGUUGCGGAUGAGUAG